AUGAACUAUGGUGAGGAUGACAAUGGUUCAGACACCCGCUCCUCUUUAAAUCCAGAAAUGGGACCCUUUUGUAGUGCUGCUUUUACGUCAUUGUACAGGCACUUGGAGCAUCAUUUCACACAGUUCCGGCGAAUGGGCCUUCCAGGACCAGAGCCCUCUUUCCUCACUGGCAACCUCAGAGAAAUAAGAGAAAAGGGUCAGUUCCAGGCGAUGAAGGACUGGUCCCGGCAGUUCGGUAGAGUCUUCGGCUACUUUGAGGGCUACACGCCUGUAAUGGCGGUCAGUGACCCAGAAGUGCUUAGAGAAGUGCUGGUCAAGGAUGCAGCCAACUUCAUGAAGAGAAAACCUUUCCCGUUGGCUCCUCGCAAGAGCCUGGGCCUCUUCCUCGAGAAUGGGUCUCAGUGGCGCCGAAGUAGGACACUUCUCACUCCGGCCUUCAGCACUGGAAAACUCAAGAAGGUUUGUUGUAAAGGGCAUAGACUUGAAACAGACAACAGGAAGGGACGGGGUGCAAAAACGUUAUUUAUUCACAGUGUGUUCCAGUCCCUGACUCUUGAUGUCAUCGGACGCUGCGCCUUCGGACUGAACACCCAAGCCCAAGUGGACGAAAACGACGUAUUCCUGGUGAAAAUCCAGAGCCUGUUCCACACGAUGAGCACUACUAUUAUUCAGCCCAUUGUCAUGGCCGUGCCGUUUGUGUCUCACUUCAUCUUCGCCAUGAAGAACGUUGUGGUCGUCUUCGGCAUGAACCCCGUGGUCUGGCUUCGCGACAGCCUCAGGGAGGUCAUCCGUACCCGGAAGGCGAUGGGGCCUAACAACCACAUCAUAGACCUGGUUCAGCUGAUGCUCUUCCCAGACCAAAAUCUGCACGACGCCCACAGCGAGCUCCACAAGGCCAUGUCGGAGAGAGAAAUUGUGGCUCAGAGUAUGACUUUUCUCUUGGCGGGCUACGAGACCACCAGUGCUGUUCUCGCCUUCUUCUGUCACGAGAUGGCUAAGAAUCCGGACAUUCAGGAACGGCUGUACCGCGAGAUGGAAGAGAAUAUUGGAAAAAACGAGGUGGAUUACGACUCUGUUCAAAACUUGCCUUUCUUCGACGCCACGUUUGACGAGAUCUGCCGGCUGUACCCAACUGCUUCCUU